AUGCGUGCGACUAUCGCAUCAGUGCUAGGCUUGACAGCAAGCGUUGCGCUGGCUGGUUGCCCUUAUGCCGACAUUAACAGAGGCACUCGCGCAUGCCCGUACGCCAACAAGCUUGCUCGUGAUACGCAGAACAACGCCGGCGAUUCUGGUGCUGUCAUCAAGCGUGAGCCACCAGCUGCUGACAAACUUGGUGUCAUGUACCUGAACCGCAUUGCGCCAUCGGGGUCGCAGUUAUAUAUCGCCAAUGCCGAUGGUAGCAAUGCUACGCCGCUGAUGGCCAACCAGUCUGAGCCCUUCGACUACCAUCCCAGCUGGUCUCAAGAUGGCGAGUGGAUUGUAUUCACCAGCGAGCGGCGUGCAGACGGCCAGUCUGAUAUAUUCCGGGUCAGACCUGACGGAACUUGUCUGGAGACACUUAUGUCUACCGACUCUUUCGAAGAUAUCGGCAGCUUGUCUCCAGAUGGUGCAAAACUUGCUUUUGUUUCAACCGCCAUAAACUAUACCACCAACGUCUUUGUCAAAGACCUCUCCACUGGCGCAGUUGUCAAUGUAACCGGAAGUGAUGAGACGGUUGGCAGCUUUGUGGGUCCACAUAGUUUCUACCGGCCAUCUUGGUCGCCUGAUGGCAAGUGGCUUGCCUUCAGUUCUGAUGCCAACACUGAGUGGACCGGUCACAGUAAUGGUACGGGGUGGGAGCAUACUCAAACGCUUGCGCUCUAUGUGGUGCGGUCGGAUGGGACCGAGUUCCGUAAAGUUCUGGGAGCAGAUGGUUUCUGCUUCGGUUCGCCUCAAUGGUCGCCCGAUGGGGAACGCCUGGCAUACUACAAUAUGACCACGGAGGCUACAUACAAUGCUCACGGAACUAGUGGGCAGCAAGCAUCCAUUGUGUCGCAGAUAUUCAGUGUUGAUGUAGCAAGUGGAAAAGAUAUCAUCCAGCACACUUUCGAUGCUUCUUUGAAAGUUGCAGGCCACUAUGUUAGCAAUGAAAACAUCGGCUUUGUUGUAAAGGCUGGCCAGAAGCAAGGUAUCAAUUACACUCUCCCCGAUGGCACGCAUCAAUAUUACAAUAGUACGUUGCGGAACCCGUCGUGGUCUCCUGACGGGACCCGAGUGGUGUACGAGGAGUAUAUAUGGGGUCAACGACAAGCCGAGAAACCCCUAUUCAGUUGGGAUAAUGAAUGGGAAUACCGUUUCAUGGAUGUAUUCCCACAGUUCAACAACGCGACUAAGCGACUUGCUACAACGGAAAAGCAACUCGGUAACUCCUCGUCAUCAAUUGUCCUAACGGAUGCUGACUACAGCAACCUUGUCAGGGCUUUCGACGUCUAUGACAUCAACAGCACCGCUGCGGAACAAGCCAUGUAUGCAUCUGGUCUAGCAGGCGCUUUCCAGCCGACUUGGGCACCUGAUGGCUCACAACUAGCGGUUGGUUAUGGCACCUGGUUCUUUAACCGCGUAUUAUAUCCUGGAAGGCUAUAUCUAUUUGACGCCAACAGUGAUGGCACCUACAAGAACCUGACCGAUGGAAGCCUCAACGCUGGAUUUCCAUCAUUCUCUCCAGAUGGCACCAAGCUUGUCUAUCGGCUUUGGGACUGGAACAACGGCCCACUUGGGUUGUACAUCAUGGACUUGGCAACAGGCAACACAACACGUCUGACUGACGGCUGGGAUAAUACGCCUGGCUGGUCCCCCGAUGGGAAGCUCAUCGUCUUUACACGGCAGACAAAUUGGACAUGGGGAAACAGUUGGGAACUUGAUCGAUUUGACAUCUGCACUAUCAAACCCGAUGGUACUGACUUAAAGGUUCUGACCGAGUCGCAAGCCAAUGACGCACACGCUGUGUGGUCUCUUGACGGCCGAAUCAUGUAUAGCAGUGGGAUGUACGGUUUUCGGGAUGAGAGCAGUCUGUACGACAACACGUUCCAGCCCUAUGGGCAGAUUAUCGUGAUGAACGCCGAUGGUUCUAAUAAGACUAUGUUGACGGAUAGCAUGUGGGAAGAUUCAAUGCCCAUAUAUGUCUGGAGAUCUGGUUUUGAGUAG